AUGCAUUUCAAGCUCCUCUCCCUCGCUGCCCUUGCCGGGCUUUCCAUUGCUAGCCCCGUUGCUCUCGAGGAGCGCCAGCUCUUUGGCUCCAGCGGCAAUGACCUCCGCAACGGCAACUGCCAGCCCGUCACCUUCAUCUUCGCCCGCGCCUCCACAGAGCCAGGCCUCCUCGGCAUCUCGACAGGCCCCGCCGUCUGCAACAACCUCAAGUCCGCCCUCAAAAACGGCGUUGCCUGCCAGGGCGUUGGUCCCAAGUAUACCGCUGGCCUAGCUGAGAACGCUCUGCCCCAGGGAACCUCUUCUGCAGCUAUCAACGAGGCAAAGGAACUCUUCGAGCUUGCUGCUUCCAAGUGUCCUGAUACCCAGAUUGUGGCUGGUGGUUACAGUCAAGGAACAGCCGUCAUGCACGGCGCAAUCAAGGGCCUCUCUGAUGAGAUCAAGGACAAGAUCAAGGGCGUUGUUCUCUUUGGUGAUACUCGUAACAAGCAGGACAAUGGGCAGAUCCCCAACUUCCCCAAGGACAAGAUCAAGAUUUACUGCGCGGUUGGUGAUUUGGUCUGCGACGGCACCCUCAUCGUCACGGCUGCACACUUUACAUAUGUCAUGAACACCGGCGAUGCUUCUCGCUUCCUUGAGGGGAAGCUUGAGUAA